UGGACGCCGGAAACGGACCAGCAGAGAAUAUCUGAUCAGGCUAGCUUCAGCCUUGUGCAUACCGUCACGUGAUGACUACUCUGCAGCCAAAUUUCAUACAUCGCUCUGUUCCGUCGACUCUUCGACCGUAUAUUAACUGAUUGAGGAUGCCUGCCCUUGCUUUCGGACUGAAGGCUGGCAAGCCGCAGUCUGGUGGUGUCAAACCUCCACAAAAGCGAAAAGGCUUCUUCGACGAGGAGGAGGAGACCUCACAGACCGUCCCUCCACCACAAUAUGGCGCAAAGAAAUCCUCCAAGCCUCUCCGACCUCUGAGCGCCUUCGACGAUGACGAUGCUGACGAGCCUUCUCAAGACACACCUCAACAAUAUGGGCUACAAACUGCGAAGGGAAAACCUGCGGCGCCAGGAAAUGGUGCCGACAAGUACACCAACCUUUCUGCACUGCGAAGUGCGAAACUGCAUGAUAAGGAAGCCUCGACUAUAGACAAAUCGGUCUACGACUAUGACGCCGUAUACGACACGUUCCACGCGGCCAAAGAGAAGAAGUCGACCAAGGAAGAAGCGUCAGGACCCAAGUAUAUCGGCUCGCUGCUGCAAAGUGCCGAGGUUCGCAAACGAGACCAACUACGGGCGCGGGAGAAACUGUUACAACGAGAAAGAGAGGCUGAAGGCGAUGAGUUUGCAGACAAAGAAAAGUUCGUGACCGAAGCAUACAAGAAGCAGCAAGAGGAAGUAAGACUGUUAGCAGAGGAAGAGAAGAAGCGUGAGGAAAUCGAAGAAGAGCGGCGAAGAAAGGGCGGUGGUAUGACGGCAUUUCAUAAACAGAUGUUACAGAAGGACGAGGAGAGGAUGCGCAUGAUCCAGGAAGCAGAAGAACAAGCCGCAAAGAAGAAAGAGAGCGGGUCAACAGAGGAGGCAGAGAUUGAAGAAGAGAAAUCUGAAGCGAAGAUCGCGGAAGAAUUGAACGAGCAGGGAACGAGAGUCGUUGUAAAUGACGACGGAGAAGUUGUCGACAAGAGACAGCUCCUUUCUGCCGGGCUGAACUCCGCUCCGAAGAAACCUGGCAAGGAGCAAGACGCGAAGAAACAAGACACAGCUCGUCCCGAGGAGUACCGGAAGUCUUCCAAGGCGCAAGAUGCACGACACGCCCAGCGCGAAAGACAGUCACGGAUGGUGGAACGACAGGUUGAGGAGAUGCUUGCGAAACAGACUGAGGCGGACCAGGAAGAAGAGAACGCAAUACAAGACAAGACUAAGAGUAAGGUCACGGAGGCUGACAAGAUGGGUGCUAAAGAGAGGUAUCUCCAGCGAAAGAAGGAGAGAGAAGAAGAGGCCAGGAAGAAGAAGGAGGGAGGCGGUUGAACCGAUACACCUUGCAUUGCUUGCGGUAUCGAGUAUUUCUCAUCACCAACAUAUCUGAGGCGCAUCCGUGGCUACUGUAUGAACCACCCACCAUCAACAGCAAUGACCUUGUUAUGCACAUACCCGGUCUUGACCAUCCAGACGACCGUCUCAGCGAUUUCCUCGGGCUUGCCGAGUCUACCAAUCGGGAUUCCUAUGCAAGUUGUGUUGUCAGUCACUCGGUCGCCCAGUAGGUGGAUGUCAGCACAUACUCGCAGCAAGUUCGGCAUUACUUCCAGGCAGC